AUGAGCUUUCGUUCAGUAUCUGAAAUUACAAAAGAUAUGAUUUUUGAGCUUUUUAAAAUUGGGCAUAGUCCUAGUAGUACGUAUUAUACAUAUUUCGAACGAAUGCAAUUACAAUUUGAAAAUGAUGAAGAAAUAUUAGCAGAUCGAUCAAUUUGUCCACAUAAAAAUGAUUUCUAUUAUCUUCAUCAAAAAUAUCGUGCUCAAACCAUAGGCCCUCAAAAUGGAAAAGAUAUGUUUAAUCAUUUAAUAAAUGAAGUUGCUGAAUUCAAUGAUAGUAAAAAAGGAGAUGCUUGGGUACAACCAUAUAUUGCUCCAACAAAAGAUAAUCCGGGACAACCAUUUAUCCUUAUAAUUGUAACAAAUCUUAUGAAACGAUGUCAUACCUUACCUCAAGCCAGUGAAUUAAUUUAUAUGGACACAACAGCAGGGCUUGAUAUUCUUAACACUCCUUUAACAGUUCUUUCCACAAGCACUCCUGUUGGUGGGUUACCUCUUGCAACAAUUCUUACAUCAGAUGAAAAAACAGAUACUUUAAUGAAAGCUUUAAAUAUAUUAAAAAAUGAAAUGCCAUCAGCAACAUUUGGCAGAUGCGGAUCUGAAAUUGGACCACAAGUCAUUAUAACAGAUGAUUGUAAAGCUGAAAGAAUAGCAUUGCGUUAUACCUGGAAACAAGCCACUUUACUUCUAUAUGAUCGUAUAAUACUAAUUGAACAUAUAAAAAAAUUAGUUUUUGCAAAAACAGAAGCCAUUCUUAAUACAGAGUAUACAAAUUUAAUAACAAAUCCAAUUUGCUUAAAAUAUUCAAAUUUUAGAUCCCAUUUUAAAAUAUGUUGGAAUCGACGUCAAGAAUGGGCUAUUGCAUUCCGUCAGCAAUUACCAAUUCGUAAUAAUAAUACCAAUAACUUCGCAGAAGCUGGAAUUAGAAUUAUAAAAGAUAUAAUUUUUCAGCAGUUAUUAGCUAUAGCCCACAAUAGAUUAGAUAGUUUCAUUGCACUUCAUUUUAAACUAUCAGGAUGGCAAAUUGGAUGCAAAGAAGAUAUAGAAAUAGUUAAUUUAGACUCGAUACUCUUUAAACACAGAAGUAGUAAAGAUCAUAAUUUAUGGUAUCUUAUAGAUAUGCGACUUGGAACAUGUGAAUGUAGCCCAACUGGAAUGCCAUGCAAACAUCAAGCAUUAGUAGCAAAGCACUAUCGUAUUUGUGGCUUAAAUCAGAUCCCUACAAUGUCGGUAAAUACAUGGCAUUAUUAUGCUUAUUUGGCAUUAGGGGAAAAAAAUCAGUCACUUAGUUUUUAUGCAGACCUUCAUCAAGCACAGUUUGAAAAAGAAGAUUAUAUACCUCUGAAACAAAAUGAAAACUACAACAAUGAUAUCAGUAAUAAUGAGAAUAGUUCUAGCAACGAAAUUGAUAACUAUGAUAUUAGCAAUUAUGAUGAUACUGAUAAUGGCAAUAGUAGUAUUGAGGAUGAAGAUAAGGAUACUAUUAUUAAUGAUGAUUUAGCAGCUGAAGACGAUAGAAAUAAUGAUAGCGAGAGUGCCAUAAGUGAACUCCGGUGGUUUUGUCAUGAUAUGGAGAAUCUUUUAAAAGAAAAUGAUCCUACAUUAAAUAAUAGUGUGCACAAAUUUGUCAAGAUUUAUAAACAACAUCACUCUAAAAAAGAUGCUUACGUUCAUCCGGCUGUUGCAUCUUUUCUUCAAUCUUGUAAUUGGGAUGCAGGUCAGGUCUACGGAAAUAAAUACCACGUCGGAGGAAAGAGAAUUCAUGUCCAGGUCACUGCAUCAUCACGACGCAAAGGCUCAAAUCGUGGUCUCAGAAUAAUGCACCAAGGAAGACUGAGAAAAUCAAGAAGAAAGUUAGUUAAUAAUACUGAAGAACAAGAACUGGAUCGGUUUGUUAUACCAGCAUGA